CGCACCGCCCCCCCGUCCUCACUGCGCAAGCGCGGGCCGCGAGCGUGGGGCAUCUCGAGACAGCCAGGUUUGCGGGCUGCGGAGCGUGGAGGUUUUGCGGCCUGCGUUCUGCCGGCUCCAGCGGCUCACAGGCGAAGUAACGAGGCGCAGCAAGCCGAGCCUCCCCGCUCCCCCGACAGCGUGGGCCAUGGAGACUCAGGUGCUGACGCCGCACGUCUACUGGGCUCAGCGACACCGGGAGCUGUAUCUGCGCGUGGAACUGAGUGACGUGCAGAAUCCUGCCAUCAGCAUCACGGAAAAUGUGCUGCAUUUCAAAGCCCAGGGACAUGGUGCCAAAGGAGACAAUGUCUAUGAAUUUCACCUGGAGUUCUUAGACCUCGUGAAACCAGAGCCGGUGUACAGGCUGACCCAGAGGCAGGUGAACAUCACAGUCCAGAAGAAGGUGAGUCAGUGGUGGGAGAGGCUCACCAAGCAGGAGAAGCGCCCGCUGUUUUUGGCCCCUGACUUUGAUCGCUGGCUGGAUGAAUCUGAUGCAGAAAUGGAGCUGAGAGCCAAGGAGGAAGAACGCCUAAAUAAGCUCAGACUAGAAAGCGAAGGAUCCCCUGAGACUCUUACAAGCUUGAAGAAAGGGUACCUGUUUAUGUACAACCUUGUGCAGCUUCUGGGCUUCUCCUGGAUCUUUGUCAACCUGACAGUGCGCUUCUUUAUUUUGGGAAAAGAGUCCUUCUACGACACGUUCCACACCGUGGCUGACAUGAUGUAUUUCUGCCAGAUGCUGGCGCUAGUGGAAACCCUCAAUGCCGCCAUCGGCGUCACGAGUUCCCCAGUGCUGCCUGCUCUAAUCCAGUUUAUUGGAAGAAAUUUUAUUCUGUUUAUCAUCUUUGGCACCAUGGAAGAAAUGCAAAACAAAGCUGUGGUUUUCUUUGUGUUUUAUUCAUGGAGCGCAAUUGAAAUUUUCAGGUACCCCUUCUAUAUGCUUACCUGCAUCGACAUGGACUGGAAGGUGCUCACAUGGCUCCGUUACACUAUGUGGAUUCCCUUAUACCCUAUGGGAUGCUUGUCAGAAGCUGUGGCAGUGAUCCAGUCCAUUCCAGUAUUCAACGAGUCAGGAAGGUUCAGUUUUACUUUGCCAUAUCCAGUGAAGAUGAAAGUCAAAUUUUCCUUCUUCCUUCAGGUUUAUCUUGUAAUGUUAUUCUUAGGGUUAUAUAUUAAUUUUCGUCACCUUUAUAAACAGCGCAGGCGGAGGUUUGGACAAAAAAAGAAAAAGCUCCACUAAAGAGAAAUUUGGUAGCUUUGAGCCGGUUUGAGAGAUUCUGAUUCUUACAGUUUUACUUUCUUGUACUGAUGUAAAAGUUUUUUCUUUUCUUUUCUUUCUUUCUUUUCUUUUUUUUUUUUUUUUAAAGUAAGGCUAUCUCCUUUCCCCAGUAACAUUCCUGAAUUUACUGUAUUUUACCUUAGUGUUGUACUUGCAUGACAUGGAUGUCUGAUAUCUGACAACAGGUUCGUUCUUAUGUAUUUAAUGACAGCUAGACUGGCCCACACCUUCUCAUGUCAGUCAGCUCUUCCCCACAGGUACUGUCUACCUUUACAGUUAGGACUUGGUAUUUCUGCUAUUGCUUGUGAGAAAAAACACAAGACUACAUUUCUCCACUGAAGAUUGUCAAAAGUGGCCCAGGCAGAACCUAAUAUAUAUUAGUUAUAUCAAGUUACUUGUGUAGGGGGUAGAACUGACUUUUUGAAAAUCAGGUAAACUUGGUCAUUGGUUAAACAUUUUUGAGUCAGAGUAGGACUGGAGAACACUUUGUACUUGAUUUGGCUUAAAGACAUUCAUUCUAUAGCACUUACCAGCACAGGCAUCGAAGAGGCAGAGUGAUUUAAAGAAAGUAAUCAGAACCUAGGAACACCAUGAAUGCUGCAUUCCUAGCUAAAUCAGAACUGUCUGCAACACUGGAGAAAGAGGGAGCAUUACUUGCAAAACACUUGAUAUUAUAAGUUCCAAAUGUGAAUGAAUGGCUACAGGGGUCAGGAGGGAACAUAGAUUUGGGAGCUAGACAGCAGUCGGCUGUUACAGUGGAGCCUGUGCACAGUCUCCAACUCUUGGACUAGCUCCAUCCCUUUACUUGUGUAUUUCUCUGAGUGACCAGUGAGACUGUUUUUUUUUUUUUUUUUUGAACUUCAAACUCCUGUCUGUUUGUUUGUUUGUUUGAACUUGUGUGCAGUAGGAACUUGAGCUGGGAAAUAACCAGGAUUCCUGCAGGAAACCCCCCUAAAAGGGGGGCCUGAACAAAAUCUAGACCUUAGGGUUGGUCAUUGUACAAGACAUCUACGACUCCCUACCACAUUCCAUGGAAAUGGAGUGCUGAGGGAACACCAGAAGCAGGAGCUGAAGGGUGGAGCAUCAGAUCUGCCACUCCCACUGUUCCCGGGGAAAGAAGACUUGUGUGGUCUCAGUGAGCCCGAAGUGGAUUAGUGGUGCACUGUCUGGGUUGACACACCUCAUCUCAUGGAAGAGUAUUUCCAAGUCUGCAGCUUCUGUCCACGUUUGUUGCUAUUAUUGCCUUCUGGCCUUCCUUCCACUGACUGUGGCACCGACCGGGCAGGUCAGCUUUGCAGUUAACUGUGCUGCAGCAUUGUGCAAUCCCAUGUUCUAGUUAGCAUCCCCUUUGUUGCUGUCUGAGAAAGUGAAAGAUUGUGUAUUUCUAUUAAAACAUUUACAGUCAAAA